GUGGGUGAAGGGUCGCUGAGAGACGCAGACGCUGCAGACUGACCGCUGAACCCCCCCGGUACUCCGCCGUUAUUCUGCACGCUGCGGAUCCCACACGCUCAGUCCUCCGGGUUUGAGACUCUCCGACAGAAUCAUGUCGAAGCAGCAGCCGAUCAGCCCCAUGAAGAACUUCUUCGCCGGCGGGUUUGGGGGAGUGUGCCUAGUGUUCGCCGGACACCCGCUGGACACCAUCAAGGUGCGCCUGCAGACGCAGCCCAAACCCCGUCCUGGAGAAGUUGCGCAGUACGCCGGAACAUUCGACUGCUUCAAGAAAACACUGGCCAAAGAGGGCGUGCGGGGUCUCUAUAAGGGUAUGGCGGCCCCCAUCAUUGGUGUGACCCCGAUGUUCGCCGUCUGCUUCUUCGGUUUUGGCCUGGGGAAGAAAUUACAGCAGAAAACACCCGACGACAUCCUGACGUAUCCGCAGCUGUUUGCCGCUGGUAUGCUGUCAGGUGUGUUCACAACAGCCAUUAUGGCUCCUGGAGAGAGAAUCAAGUGUCUCCUGCAGAUCCAGGCGGCGUCGGGGCAGGUGAAGUACGCGGGGCCGAUGGACUGUGUUAAACAGCUGUACAGAGAGAGCGGCAUCAGGGGCAUCUACAAGGGGACAGCACUCACACUCAUGAGGGACGUGCCGGCCAGUGGGAUGUACUUCAUGACGUAUGAGUGGCUGAAGCACGCGCUGACACCAGAGGGAAAGAGCCCCAGUGAGCUCAGCGUUCCCAGUAUCCUGUUCGCCGGUGGGAUGGCGGGAAUCUUCAACUGGGCCGUGGCCAUUCCUCCCGAUGUGCUGAAGUCCCGCUUCCAGACGGCUCCAGAAGGUAAAUACCCCAAUGGUUUCCGGGAUGUGCUGCGAGAGCUGGUGCGUGAGGAGGGCGUCCGCUCGCUCUAUAAGGGCUUCAACGCCGUCAUGCUGCGCGCGUUUCCAGCCAACGCGGCCUGUUUCCUGGGCUUUGAGGUGGCCAUGAAGUUCCUCAACUGGAUCGCUCCCAACCUGUGAUGCGUGUGCUGGAGAACACGCGUGAACAGUGGACACUGGCCGAGAACGCAGCUCACGCUAAUGAACGCCUCGCUGGUUCCUCGACAGGAUUUUAAUCCAGUAGCUGGUGCCUUAUAACAGACUGUGAACCGAUUUCUGCCUUCAGGGAAACUGAAUGUUUAUAACGCAACAGCAAACCCGUCAAACGCUAGCAAACCUCUGUCAGGACAUUAGCAUAUACGUUUACAGUAUGGUCAGCCUUCAGCCCUCACGACAGGAAUUCAGAACACAGUCAAGGCCUAUCAUCUUUUAAUUGUUCUGUUAAUUAUGUUUAAUCAUCACACUCAUCAUGUAAAUAAUUAAAUGUUUAUUGAUCAUU